CUUCGACAAAAACCAGGAACAAGUGAUAUAAAGUGAACUUUGUUACGAACAAAACGUCCUAUACGAACAACGAUUAUCGUAAACGACGCAAUCGGUGACGAAAAUUGUUGUUUACCCGGGAAUCUGAAACACAUGUACCAUAGCAGUGUUAUAUCGCAAAGUGCAGCGAGAAGAAAACGACGACGUACCGGUUUUUUUUCAGUUACUUUUCGUUUGGUUUUUCCCUCGUUGAUGAAAGUUACUCGUGCUUCGCGAUAAAUGAAAAGGCCGGAUAACACCGGAGUGUCGGGGAUUUUAAAGUAAAAUAAAAAAACAAAAAAACAAAAAGGAAAGAGAAAUAGUUACGAUAAAAAUGGUGUAAAAAAUAAAGGGUGUUCCAUACAUACCGAACACGCGACGACGCGAUGCAGCGAAAAAGGCUGAUCGAUACACGUGAACUGUGACAAAGGUUGUUUGCAAAGUUCGGGUGGUGAACUUGAAUUUUGGAACAACGGAAGUGAUAAUAUGCGUUUUCAUUGACAUCACGCUGAGAGGCUGCUGCGGUGGCUGUAAGAAGCACUUCGCGGCUGAAGAAGAAGAAGAAGACGAAGAAGAGGAAGAAGAGGAGAAAACGGAAGGAGGAAAGGAGGGAAGGACGUCGAAGAGUGUAGAGAAACGGAAGCCGCGGUAAAUCGGGAAGGUCGAAGGGCAAAGAAACACGGCGGUAAAGGACGGGGCUGUUUAUCGGUAUACCUGACGAUCAGUCAAAGCAAUCCGUCAAAGUGGCUUCGUCGUUGGGCCUCCAGGGGCCGUCUGCGCCAAUCGGGGCCCAAUUAUUGGCUUCUGGGGCCGAAGAUGCUCCCGCUACGGUUUACCACGCGAACCUCGUAGCUGCAGGCAGCAAGACCUCAGUCGCAGCGGCUCUUCAGCAACCCCUUAACUCCGCGGCAAUUGUAAACAUGCAGGCCUCCGCGGAGGCCAAUUCACUCGAUCUACAGGCCAUGCAGUCGAUGGACUGGCUGUUCAAAAAGGAGAGGAUCUACCUUCUCGCCCAGUUCUGGCAGCAGAGAGCGACUUUGGCGGAGAAAGAGGUGACGGCGCUGAAGGAACAGCUCGCUGCAGCCGCUGACGGAACGACAAAGACUGAGGGGCCGCAAACGCCCCAGAACCUCCACCACGGGGACCAGACACACGACCCGAACAACCCCAGGCGGACACCCAAUGCGAACUUCGAACAGGAGUUGCACGCCAAAGACAAAGAGAUCAGUCAGCUGAGCGAAGAGGUUACGAGACUGCAGCAGAGCCUGCAACGGCAUCAAGAGACCAGCGCCCAAGCCACUGCCCGCCUGGAAGAGGAACUGGAACUACGGAGACAACACAUACACAGACUGGAAGUUAGACUCGAGAGACAAAGAGACUAUGACGACCUCAAACGGGAGCUCAGCAUCCUGAGGUCCGUGGAUUUCUCCCAAAUCCCGACCGGGGAACCGGGCAAAAGCCUGGAACAUCUUCUUCUGGAGCGGACGAAAGCUCUUCAGCAAACGGAGAGCUUGAAACCACCCACAACGCCGGACGCACUCGGUGGCCUCGCUUCCCCCCUGCAGCGAGCCGCGACCGCCUCGCCCCACGGCGGCAACGCGCUUCCCUCGGCAUCCCAGCCACCCCCACCACCACCGCCGCCGCCGCCACCUCUACCAACCCCAACCCGAUCCACCCCGACCCCUUCUUCGGCGACCUCUUCGUCCUCCCUACUGUUCCAUCCACCGCUCCAAAACGUGGAGACGUUCGGCUCAUUCCUCGGUGAGGAGAUCGUCGCCAACUGGAGGCGGUCCCUGGAGAGGUCUAUCAUGAGUCAGCAGCAUCCCCAAGUCUCGCAAAGCCAGCCUCAGCUGUUACACGGGCCCUCGUUAAACCAUCUUCCGUCACCGACAGAUUCAACCAACACCCCGGCAAAGUCAAACACCCCCCUGGGUAGCGGUCUGGAUGCUUCGGAAAAAGCACCGACGCCAAUUCCCGGUCAGGAGACCCCAGCACCACCGACGCCCUCCUCGACGGCCGGCCUGACCUCACCGGCCAGCCUUCAACCGCCCCCCGCCGUCGUCGAGCACCAGCACCAGCACCAGCACCAGCAGCCCGCACCCGCGUCCAUUAACGGAAUCCCGCCAAAGAGUCCCGUGGAGGAGUCUUGCCACAACAACAACAACUCCCACCAUCUGACCAACAACAACAUCGGCGGUGGUCUCAGUGUCCUCGACACCCUCAAGAGUCCGUUUCGGUUUGACGAUCACAGGGCGCACUUCCGGUUCGCCGACGAACUCGGCGCAGCCGGCAUGGCCGGACGACUCGGCGAGUCGCUGAUUCCGAAGGGCGACCCGAUGGAGGCUAGACUCCAGGAGAUGCUCCGGUACAACAUGGACAAGUACGCCUCCCAGAACCUCGACACCCUUCACAUUGCGAGGAGAGUGCGGGAGCUCUUGUCCAUACACAACAUCGGGCAGAGGCUAUUCGCCAAAUACGUACUUGGUCUCAGCCAGGGGACAGUCAGCGAGCUGCUUAGCAAGCCAAAACCGUGGGACAAGCUUACGGAGAAGGGGAGAGACAGCUAUAGAAAGAUGCAUGGCUGGGCUUGCGACGACAACGCCGUCAUGCUGCUCAAAUCUCUCAUCCCCAAAAAAGAGUGUGUUGCAGGCAAGGAACAGGGAAUGCCGACCUUUGCUAGAGGUCCCCAAGAUGGUGGUCCUCAAGACAUGAGCGACGAACGAUUGGCCCACAUGCUAUCAGAGUCCGGACACCUGCAGAUGCAGCACGACACCUCGAACGAUGCCGAUAGCAAAAGUCCGCAUCGAGUUGGCUGCCCUAGCCCCUUUAGCAAGGAGAGAAUCGACAGCCAAAAUAGGAGGCUCAAGAAGUACGAAAACGACGACAUUCCCCAGGAGAAGGUUGUGAGGAUCUAUCAAGAGGAACUGGCCAAGCUAAUGGGACGUAGAGUUGACGAUCUUCGCGGACACAGAGACUUCCCAUCGAGUGCGAUGUUUCCUCCAUUUUUCAGCGGUGCCCAGGGUAUGCAGGGGAUGGAUCGCACACAGGAUGACAUUCGUCUUGCCCUCGACGCGUAUCAUCGCGAAUUACAAAAGCUCAACUCUGCUCCCGGGCAAAAUCCCGGCUUAGCCGGACUUCCCGGUCUGCCAGGACUUCCGGGCCUCUUGGCUCUCCAGCAGCAGGCCCUCCAGCAGCACCAUCUCGCAACGAAUGGCGGUGGUGUCCAGGACCUCAGUCUGGUCAAGGUAGACCCGCGGACCAAAAUGAUGAACGGAGUGUCGGAGGAAGACAAGGAAAAGAUGGAGGAGGCAAUGAGACAUGCGGGAAGCGCUUUCUCCCUGGUCCGACCCAAGCAGGAACAAUCUAUCGGACCCCAGUCUACCCCGGGUGGUUCCAGCGCGAGUUCACCUCUGGGCAACUCGAUAUUACCACCAGCCAUGACGCCGAGCGAAGAGUUUGCCGGUGCGGCAGCGGCCAGUCCGCUCCAGAGGAUGGCGUCCAUAACUAAUAGCUUAAUCAGCCAACCGUCCACCCCGACUCACCAUUCGCCGAAUCAGAGACCAUUGAAGGCGGUUUUACCACCGAUAACGCAGCAGCAGUUCGACAUGUACAACAACCUGAACACAGAAGACAUCGUCAAAAGGAUUUCUGUACAGGUGAAGGAGCAGCUCUCCCAGUACUCGAUUUCCCAGCGUCUAUUCGGCGAGUCCGUUCUCGGACUCUCCCAAGGAUCGGUGUCGGAUCUUUUGGCCAGGCCGAAGCCCUGGCAUAUGCUUACGCAGAAAGGACGCGAGCCGUUCAUUAGAAUGAAGAUGUUCCUCGAGGACGAUAACGCGGUGCACAAGCUUGUCGCUAGCCAGUAUAAAAUCGCACCGGAGAAGCUCAUGAGGACCGGCGGCUACGGCGGCCUGCCUCGUAAGUUUAACUCAGCCUGCGGCACCCCCAUGAAACCGAUGCCGCCUACUAAGCUCGUGCAAGAGCAACUCCAGAAUGCAGCGAAAGCUCAAGCCGCCGCACAGGCCGCAGCUCAGGCGGCGGCGCAACAUCAGCAGGAAUCUCAAAUGCAGCUUGGACCUCCCCAGCAGAGUCCGCAGCAUCCGCAGCACCCGCAGCCACCGCCGCCGAUGAUACUCACUCCCACCGCUCCCCACCACCCUCAUACCCAGCUAACGAUGCAGGAACUGCAGAAGAAACAACAGCAAAUGAGCCUCCACUCACCUCACCAUCAAAUGGCACCUUCGCCGCUGCGUAAUCUUCAUCCCCACAUUUCCCCAAGUGUUUACGAGAUGGCGGCUUUGACGCAAGACCUCGAUACCCAGACGAUAACGACGAAGAUCAAGGAAGCUCUUCUGGCCAACAAUAUCGGGCAGAAAAUAUUCGGCGAGGCGGUACUCGGCCUGUCUCAGGGUUCCGUAAGUGAGUUACUGAGCAAACCGAAGCCCUGGCAUAUGCUGAGCAUAAAAGGACGUGAACCGUUCAUAAGGAUGCAACUCUGGCUCUCGGACGCCCAUAACGUUGACCGGCUUCAGGCCCUGAAGAACGAGCGACGGGAGGCCAACAAGAGACGACGGAAUAGCGGCCCUGGUCACGAUAACAGUUCGGACACGUCGAGCAACGACACUGCCGAGUUCUACCACGCGGCAUCGCCCGGACCCGGUCCAGCCUCGGCGAAGAAACAGCGUGUCCUCUUUUCCGAGGAGCAGAAAGAGGCCCUUAGACUCGCCUUCAAUCUUGACCCCUACCCGAACGUCGCGACGAUAGAAUUCCUCGCCGCAGAACUCGCCCUCUCGUCGCGGACGAUAACGAACUGGUUCCACAACCAUAGAAUGCGGCUGAAGCAGCAGUCUUCUCACGGUCCCCAGGAACCACAGUCCCCCAGGGAACCGGGUCAACCCUUCGACCCCGUACAGUUCCGGCUACUUCUCAACCAAAGACUACUUGAGAUCCAGAAGGAAAGGCUGGGCCUAGGGAACGUCCCGAUUCCGUAUCCCCCGUACUUCAACACGAACCUUGUUGCCCUCGUCGGCAAUGCCCUAAAGGAGCAAUGCUCGGGACUGGACCUCUCCAUGGGGGCUUUGAAGCGGGAGCCGAAUCAGGAGUUCGAGGACGACGACGGCGACGACGCGAUGAGCAACCCCGGUAGCGAGGACUCGGACGGUUCGGCGGGGAGCAUAAAACGGGAACCAACGGAGACCCCGGCACCGGCCACAGUCCGAUCGAACAGGAGAAAGCCGGCCGCGCCCCAAUGGGUGAACCCCGAAUGGCAGGAGCCCGCCAGGACCGGUGACGAGGUGAUAAUUAACGGAGUUUGCGUUAUGCAGACGGACGACUACGGAGUUAAGCGAGAAGCCGAGGAAACCGUACGUGUCGAACCAACCCCUGUGCAAGACAGAUAUGAGGAGGACGCCGGGAGCGACUCCUCGUCCGCAUCCGGAACGGGGCAAGGCCUCCAGGACAGUGACAGUCCGAUGCCCAGUCCAAAGUCUGGUCAGCACAGUCCGAUCACAUCGCCGCGACCCCCUUCGGCACAGCCCAGUUUGCAGCAGCAGCCACAGCAGCCACAGCAGCAACAACAGCAGCAACAUCAUCAUCAACAACAACAACAGCAGCAGCAGCAGCAACAACAACUGCAGCAGCAGCAUUCACUGCAGGAGGACAACGUUAAGGAUGUUGUAAAACACGAGCCUGAGGAUCAAACGUGGGAUUACUAAUUGCACGGGGCUUAAAGAAUUGCAACAAGAUCAUGACGAUCUCUGUGGGAUAUUGAUGGGAUGUGAAUUAUGGAAAAAGGAUGUCAAAACUCCCUUGUAUCUUCCGCCCCCGCAGGCCUUCGUUCCUUCCUUAAAUUAUUUUUCUUUUUUUUCCUUCAUCAGUAAGAUAUUCAAGGUAUUAUAGAGUGAAGUGAAGUGCAGUGAAUAUCGUCGUUAUCGACUUGCCAAAAUAUGUACGCUUUUCAAAAAGUGAUCUUAGUGAAGAAAAAAGAAGUAAAAUAUAUAAGAAAAAAAAAAAAAUAGUUUAGAUAAAUCCUAUAAAAACAAAAAAAAAAAAAAAACAAUAAAAUGAAAAUAAAAAAGAAGCCAACGAUAGGAAUAUCGGCUAAGCCGAUUCCUGCCUAUAAUAAGGGCAUUACCGUAUUACCGGCGCAGGUUGUACCUUGCUGAAAAAGUAAGAAUGAAAAUUGAGACAAAAAAGAGUAAGAACGAGGCUGAAUUCACACCGAAAAAAGAGCAGAAUCAAAAACUCUUUAGCACAGUGAACGGAACGAGAGCGAGUGAGUGUGGUAAUAAUUUAAUUCGCGAUAUGCGUUCAUCAAAACGUUCGUCAAACGUUGCACACGGCGCAUAGAAACUCAUUUAACUGUCAACCAUUCGCUUUGCACUUGGCAAUCUGCUCUACCUACGAUAAUAUAUGAGGUAUAUGAUAAGUACCAAUUCUCUUUUUA